GUGAUCGGCCUGCAAAAGAUGUCGUUGGCAUCGAACGUGCUGCUCCAGGCGUCACGCCUUGGUGAAAUGGUGAUCAAGCGAGGCGGAGCUACUGGAUUGAUGGUUCACCGAGACACUAAAGAAAAUAAUUUGAAUGUCAAAUUCAAAUUCACUUCGGAAAAUCAAGAGAGAAUUAAGGCUAUCAUGGAUAUUUAUCCAGAAGGACAUAAAGCUGGUGCUCUUAUUCCACUUCUCGAUUUGGCUCAGCGGCAACAUGGCUGGCUUCCAAUUUCAGCCAUGCAUGAGGUUGCUAAAAUUUUAGAAGUACCAAGAAUGCGUGCUUAUGAAGUUGCCACUUUCUACACCAUGUUCAACAGGCAACCAGUAGGAAAGUAUUUCCUCCAGGUCUGCGCAACUACCCCAUGCAUGCUUCGAGGAGCUGAAACCAUCACGGAAACUAUUGAGAAGAAACUUGGCAUUCAUGCCGGAGAAACAACAAAAGAUGGACUCUUCACAUUGGCGGAAGUAGAGUGCCUUGGAGCAUGUGUCAAUGCUCCAAUGAUUCAAAUUAACGACGAUUAUUUCGAGGACCUGACACCAAAGGAUGUGAACGAGAUUCUUGACGAUCUUAAAGCAGGACGUAAACCAGCUGCUGGACCAAGAUCCGGGCGCCUAGCCGCUGAGCCAUUCGGAGAGCUUACUUCUCUCAAAGAAACCCCGCCUGGACCUGGAUUCGGUUUGCAAGCUGCUCUUAAAUAAACGCUUGGACAUGCUUGAAUUUAUUUGUAGAUUCCAUCUUUAUCAGAUCCUUGGUUUUUAAAAAUCCUAAUUUUCGUUUUUAAUUUUGCGAUUUAGAGUAAAGUGUAUUCAAUGU